AUGAAAUGUCAAUGUGUUUGCUUGCUUUUGCAAGUAACUUUCUUUGUCGUGAAUUGCCUCGCGGAAAAUUUGAUACUUAAUAUAAAUCUGAAAAAACCGAUUGCGGUAACUGAUCACGCCUUUCUCAGUUUUACACUGGAUCCUGCAACGUUGCAGCACAAUGAUUUUAUUAAGAACAUCGAGAGAAGCACGAAUUUAGCGCGAGGCUUGGCACCUGCUUACAUUCGUCUUGGAGGACCACAAAGCAAUUUUUACAAUUUGGAAAAAACGUAUUCACAUGAAAUCGAUAUGGAUCCAAAUGACAUGUAUUUUGGAACACAAUGGAAAUUUAUAUAUCAAUGGGCAACGAAUGCUGGAUUAGAUAUAAUCGUAUCCAUCAGUCCUGAUUAUAUUGAUAACGAAUCGAAAACAGAUUCCAAGGAUCCUAGAAACAUAGCGGAGCUUCUGUCCUUUAGUGAUCGCAUGGGUUACAACAUUAGCUGGCAACUGGGCUAUGAAUGUCAAACGAGAUGCGACUUAUCUGGCGGACAACUGGGACGAUAUGUCGCAAACUUACAAGAAAUACUGAAAACUUUCCCAAGAUAUUCCAGUAGCUUAAUCAUAGGACCAGAUAUUGUAGCAUACAGAACAGCACAACAACAGAGAUAUCUCGAGGAUUAUUUGCAUUCAGCAAAUGCCGCGCUUUCUGCGAUUACAUGGCACCCGUAAGUGUUUUAUUUUUGUGUCGUUUCUUUAAACAAUGACAAAAGUUUCCUACAUUAUGAUAACAUGAUUACCGGAAAGGAUGAGAUAUACAAAAUUAUUAGUCGUGCGGCAGAAGAAAAACCGUUAUGGAUUGCGCAAUCGAAACCAGAAGACAGCAAACGCCAAUAUCUAGGAGCGCUUAUUUGGACGAAAAGACUUGGGAAAGCUGCAAAGCUUGGAAUCCAAGUCGUGAUGAGACAAUUGUCGAACUUAUCUCAAGCAACUCCUGUUUAUUGGGUAUCAUUAUUGCACAAGACUUUAGUGGGCCGUGAAGUUCUGGAAAUGAAGCUUCAAUCCGAAAACAAAGGUCACGUACACUUUUACAGCCAAUGUACAAAAUCCUCGGUGCUAUACAGUAAAGGAGCUAUUACGAUUUUCGGCAUAAACUUAACGUCGAGGAAAGUAAUUGUUAGUUUAAAAGGUCUCAAAAUCAAAAUUCUUCACGAGUACAUUUUAUCAUCAGAUUUUGAGAAUGGCAACAAAAUGUUUUCAGAGCAAGUCUUGUUAAAUAAUAAAUCUCUUCACUUAAUAAACGACAAAGAAUUGCCUGAUAUAAAUCCAGAAAUCAUUAUCAACCCUGACGGCCUUGAAUUAGAACUUUCUUCUGGUGACAUAGGUUUUUGGGUUAUACCUAAUGCAAAGGUAAAAGCUUGCAUUUGUUCUGACGAGGAAACAAACGAGGACAAUAGAGUAAAGAAAUUAUCGAAGCGCCAUGACAUCCGACAAGCAGAUCAAGAAGAAAUAGAAGAAGAUAUGAAUCAGUCAAAUGUAAAGGAAAAUGAUAUAAAAGAAAAUAUAAAUCAAUCAAAUUUAAAAAAUCAAAAGAUUUAUGGGAAACGAGACAGAAAUUCUCAAGGAAACGUGGAAAACACUGUAACUAAAAGUCAACAAAAAGCCUGGGGUUCUAAGUUACUUGCAACAGUAACAAGAUUUAUACAAAAAUAUCUGCAAAAGAAGAAUAAUUUUACAAAUUUACAAAGAUCAUUCACAAUCGAUUUAGGAGACGAACAAGGAAAUUCAUCUAAAGAAGUAGAAGAACAGCAAAAUUUGGACGAAAAAGAUCUUAAAAAUACAGAAGUUGAUAAUAAAAGUAUUCAAGAUAUAUUAAAAAAGUAUAGACGCAUUCUGCUGGAGAAAAAGCUUGAAAUGGAAACCAAAGGUAUUCAAGAAUCCGAAAUUAAAAAUAUUGACAACACUGUGGCGUUAAUAUCAAAAAUCAAUGCCUCUCUUUUUGAUAAAGUUACUUCAAACGAAAUCAAAGAAAACUCCGAUGAAACAAAGUCACAUAUAAUAAAAAGAAUAGGAACGUACUUCAAUAAGCUUUAUAAUUUGUUAGAAAAUAAUAAUUCAGCAAAGAACAAUAAGGAUAGUCAAGUUUCUAUUCGUGAAGAUUUAACAAAGGGAAAGAGAUUUAGAAGAUGUCUGGACAAAAAAUCGAAAAAUUCUAAAAAGAGAACAUUUCAAAACCGCUCACAAAUAGAUAACUUAAAAAAUCAUCUAGUUAAACAGAAGAUAAAACGGAAAGACAACGAUGGGAAAGACUUAAUUUCUUGUAACGUAAAAAAGAAUUGUAAUAAUAAUGAAAAGAAAUAUAACAAUCUAUUUCAACGAGAUCAUGUCGAAAGUUUUUUCAAAAAUAAUGCUGCCCAUCAUAUCGAGCAUCAACAUUCAUCUCAAGAACAUAAAAAAAUAGAAAACGACAAUAUCUACAGGAAGCAUUCUAAAAUUGGCGACAUGGAAAAAUAUCAAAGUUUAAUACAAGAGCCUAAACGAACGAAAAGGAAUAUUAACGAAAACUUAAUCGAGAUGCGUCUGAGAAGAGAUAAUGCUUCCGGAAAACGUUCAAGAAUCGACGACUUAAACAAUCAUAUAAAUGAAAGGAAGACAAAGCAGAAUGAUGACAUCAAAAGAGAAGAAUUAUUAAUUCCAUUCAAUCCAAGAAUUACUGAGAGUGAUGAAGACUUUUAUGGCUUCUCUCAGCGAGAUCCUGUCAAAGGAUUUCCUGAGGGUGACAUUUUUAUGACUGCGGGAGAUUCGUUGGAGCAAAAUGGAAAAGAUUAUGAUUAUGUUGAAGUUGAAGACGUUGGUAAUGAUAAAAAAAAGAGUACGCAACAAAAUAAAAAAUCGAUGUUAGAGCGUACUGAAGACAACAUUUGGGUUGAAGAAAUUAAAGAUGAUCACUACAAUGACAUGCCAAAUGAAUUUUUUGAACAUAUGAAAUUAUUUAAUAUAAAAGCAAAAGAAAUCUCUGAAAAGUAUGAUGAUCUAUGGGAAGCAGAAUUUUCUUUUGAAAAACAUAAUGAUAAUAAGAAUAACAAUAAUAAUAAAAUUCCUGCUGCAAAGGUUAUUCAAGAACAGUCGCCUAACCAAGAGAGGAAAAAGCGUGCUAGAGAAUCGAGCAUGCAACAUAAUCGGUUAGUUAACUAUUACGAUGAUUCCAAAGAGCAGGAAUAUGGUAGAAAUGCACUACGACUAGCUUCGAGGUACCCGUCGAUAUCUUUCGAUCAACUUUCCAAAACACCAAUUUCGAAUAACAAUUAUCAAACGUCAAAUGUAGAACUUAGAGAAUCGAAAUUGAAGAUGGAACCAGAAAAAAAAAUUUCAAAUUCUUUUUAUCUACCUUUUCAAGUUUCUACUGCGAGAUACGAUUAUAAUAAUUAUCAAACUUCAAAUAUGAUGAAUCACGAUGAAGUCGAAUUGAAAGACGAAAAAAGUUUUGUUAUAAAUACAGUUACAGAUGAUGUUAACGCAAAAAUAACGCAAUAUUCUAAACCCACCAGUGUAGAACCGUCUAUUCGUGAUAAAAUUUUUCAUAACAAAAGAAAUAAACGAAGCAAUUGGGAAAAGCUUCAAAAGGUUUUCGCUGAAGAAAUGAUCAAGGAAGGCGAAGAAAAUGCGAGUGAUUGUCAUUGUAGGGUCAUCCGAACUUCCGAUUUGCCGAAGAAGCUCUAUCGUCGUGUGAAACGCAAUAUUUUAGUACCUACAGCACGAGUUACAGAUACUUCUAUAGAAAGUGACAGAGUGAGUACAGACGUUGCACAAUAUAAGGAGAAUGUUCCAAUUCUUACUGGAGACAAAUACGAAGAAAUUAUAGCAGGGGAGAUACUUCCAAGUACAAGCAUCAUUGAGCCAAUUUCUGAAGAAAAUGAUAUAACUAUGGAACCCAUAAUUACAGAAUCAAGUACACUGGAUCAUAAACUAAACGAUAUGUCGCAGGCGAUUGAUGCAACUACAAUAUCAGGAGAGGACACUGUUUCUGAGCAAUAUCAGAACGCGAAGGAAUCUACUACCAAUCUACUUCCCAUCGACUCAACCUCAGAGAUUUCUCUAAAUAACGAUAAUGGCGAUGAAUAUAUUACAAAAGAAAUGUUUUUUCGUGCCCAACCAUCAGACGUCCAGGCAAAAAACAAGACAGAAACGUUUAAUUCUUCCGAGAUUAUUUCUAAGAUUCCUUCACAAAAUAAGAGCAAUUGUGAGACAUUUAUUAUCUCCGUUACUAAGGCCCCACAGGAAACACCCUACGAAAAAGAACAAGAUCUUAUCAACGAAAAGGAGAGAGCCGAGAGUUCAAACUAUCCAACAAUCGAAGAUCAGAAGAACAAAGAAGGGCACAACAGUAAUUGUAAAAUUGGUUUAAACUCAAUCAAUUUCCCCAAAGAAACAUCAAAGGAAAUCAAACAAGAGACAACGGAAACAAUUUUGUCAAAACAGGCAACAAAUACAGGUACUGAUAAAUCAAAACUGAAUAAAUCCGAAACGAAUCCAACAUUAUUUCAAAAUAUAGAAGAUAAUCAGGACAGCGAAUCAAAUGCUCGGAUGGGAAAAGAUGCUUUCAUGAGUAGAUUAACGGUUAUGCUGAAAAAUCUUCCUCGAACAUCGAUAGAAAGAUUCACCAGAUACGAGGGACACCUGACGAGACGCGCAGAACAGAUUGGUAAGCAAAAAGAGAAACUGCAAGCAAGACGGGAAAAAUUGUUGCAUCAAUAUCAAAAUGAACUAUCAAAAAUUAGUGACGAACAAAAGAGGAGUAUGAAGAGAAGAGAAGCAUGGGAAAAACUUCGCGAAAGUGACAAUUUUCAUCGAUUGAUCAAUCAGGGAGCGUUUAUCGGAAUUCUAUUAAACGACGAUAUUACCUACAAAGAUGACGAUGAAAAUGAUUUAAUUCCUAUCGAGCUUGCUCCUAAACAAUAUAAGAAUAUUAUAGACCAAAUAUAUUUACUUGCAAAAGCAAAAAAAGUACAUUAUUCGGAGCAUAACAAAUAUUCUCAAUUUAUUCGAGACCUAAUCGAGAACGAUAAAGAAUUAAUAGAAACAUCGCAAGAGAAUUUAAAUAAUAAAAUGUCUAACGAUAACAAAGUAGAUAAACAUGUUGAACAAAUUAUUAACGGCGAUCUAAAAGCAAGAGAGCUUGGAAAAGAAAAUAUACGGAUUCGCAGAGACAUCGAAGAACCAACAGACGAAUAUACAGAAUUAACUGAAGAUGCAAGAAACCGUAUACGCACCUACCGGAAAGAGGCUUUCAGAAAGAUAUUUCAUGAUCAACCAAUCGCUAUCUUUCCGUUGAGAAAAGAAGAUUCACCAUUAAGUGCUGACUUGUUCCAAAAAUUAAAGAAUCACUUGUUAGUUUCUUCGACGAGAAAUUUCAAAAUUAAUCAAGACAACGAGAAGGGACGUGAAUCAGAUUAUAUCGCUCUUGUACCGAUUAAGAUCAAAAAUAUUUACGAGAUGUUAGAUGCGAUGAAUAAUGAUGAUUCGCUGGAAAGUUUUGACAUUUCUGCACAACGGGACGAUCAAAAUAUACUAGGAAAAAAAUCAGAUUCAAUAAAUAAAUUCUUAGAUGACGUAGCAUCAGAGGAAUGUGAAUAUGAUGAUCUUUCAAAUCAGCAAAGUGAAUAUAUUUCAGAUGAAGAAAGUUUGUAUGAAAAUGAGCAAACUGUUUCUAUGGAAGACAAUGAAGCUGAAUCGGCAACAGAUGAACAAUAUGAAAUUACAAGUGACGAAAUCGAUAAAUAUUUAAAAUUAAAGCACCAAACAGGAUCUAAUAAACGUAAAAUAUUUUUAUUGUUUCCCUGGAGAAACAUAAAGAAAAGACAGCAUAGACAAAUACAAAAUAAGAUCAAUGAAGGCAUAAUUGAAGGAAAGCGAGAGGUUACAGGGCACACACAAUCAAACAAAUCUAUUCUGGCUGAAGUUCUCGGAAAUAAACGCACUAAGAGAUAUUUGAAUGACAAUAUUGACGAAGAAGGACUAGAAAAUAUAAUAGAAACUAAUGAUAUAAAAACAAAUUAUUUACAACCUCAAACAAACAAACAAAAUCGUGACGAUCUUCUUGAAGAUUUCAUAAAAGCACAUAAUAAGAACAAUUUGCAUAAUGAAGAAGUUCCUUCUUCAAGAACCGAAGAAAAAGAUAAAAUUAUACUAUUAAAUAACAUUUCAAAGAGUAACAAAAACUUAUUGCAAGAAACAACCUCAAAGUUGCAAACUGAUAUGAAAUCUGUAGAAGAAUCUAUCGAUAGUUUUGAGAAGAAUUUCAACAAAAAUUUCACUUUAGCGCCAGAUGAAGAUAAACAUAAAAAUAGGACUUCUGAAAUUACUGACAAUGCUUUCUAUACUAAUUGA